UCACGUUUGUUUUCCCGUCACCUUCACACUCACACUCACGAUCUCCAACACGACAACGCUUGCUCACAAAUUCCGUACUGCAAUGGCUUUCAUCUUGUCUUGAAGCUCAGUUUAUAGUAUCCGCUUUCACUAUAAACACUACUCUAAACAUACACUCGUCUGAUAAUCACCGGAUCGCGCGCAUUUCAUCAGGUACAAUACGCAGCGAGCGCGGGCAAAUUGUUUUCUGUUUAUUGUCGGCAGAUCUGGAACGCGUUGUGUGUAGGUAGGUACAUUUUGAGCAAGAUGAGCAGUGGCAAUACGGAUACGGGUUUCACGCGGCUGUGCAAGGGGAUGGCGGUGGUGCUUGUCGGUGGCUAUACUGUUGUUCAGAUUGUCCCCUCUGCUCUCUCCUAUCUUGCACUUAUCCCUGCUAAGACAAUUCCCUUUGCAUGGAAUCUUAUAACAGCUGGUUAUGUUGAGCAGUCCAUAUAUGGGGUGGUUGUCAGCACUGUUGGUCUACUUUUCAUUGGAAAGAUGCUUCAACCAAUUUGGGGUGCUAAGGAAUUUCUGAUGUUUAUCUUCAUUGUCAACUUUUUGACUGCUGUUUGUGUUUUCAUCACUGCUAUCUCAUUUUACUACAUAACGAGAGAGGAAAGCUACCUUUAUCUGCCUAUUUCCGGCUUCCAAGGGGUCCUUUAUGGUCUCUUAGUUGGUGUCAAGCAAAUCAUGCCUGACCAAGAGUUGCCUUUCUUGAAACUAAGAGCAAAGUGGCUGCCUACUCUUGCACUGCUGGUGUCUAUUGCUAUAAGUUUCUUCACAGUGGAUUCACUAUCGUACCUUCCUACUUUAGUAUUUGGCACAUAUAUAGGAUGGAUUUACCUCAGAUACUGGCAAAGGAAACCAGAAACGAAACUCAAGGGCGAUCCAAGUGAUGAAUUUGCAUUCUCCACAUUUUUUCCUGAAUUUCUGAGACCUGUGAUUGAUCCCAUCGCUGCUAUAUUUGAUCGAAUGCUGUGUGGUAAAAGAUCUGAGGCUUCAAAUGAAGAGACAGGCUAUAAUCUGGGAGUUGCCACAUUAUUGCCUGGUUCUGACCCCAUUGAAGCAUCUAGGAGGAGGGAAAGAGGUGCGAGGGCACUGGAAGAAAGAUUGGCAGCUGAGGGGCUGCUGGGUGCUGGAGCUAAGGCCGAAGAGUCACAGCGAGAUAAUGUUGCAAUAUUGGUAUCAGAUAAUGUUUAGAUGUUGGCUUGCCUGCGAAAUGCAAAGCUUUAUUACAUACCUGCAAAUCAAGAUAUCCAAGAAUAUCUGUCCGCAAGAGACCAUACUCUAUACAUUUUUGGCAGCUAAGUCUUUAGAUUCUUGACAGAAAGAAGUUUUGUUGCAUGCAUGUUCAUUGUGGUCCCUCUGUUGGGUUGGGUAUAGUAGCUUUUGUCUUGCAGUUUUCUGUUUUUUGUUCAUUCAAGAUGCAUGAACGCUGUUGAAAGCUCUGUUCUUUGAAUCUUUAAUUUGUAGAUAAUUAUUAGCUCUUCUGAAA